UUUAUUUGUUUUCUUAUUUUUUGGAAGAGAAAGAAUGGGAAGUGGUUAUUUUGGUGAACCAAAGUUGGGAAAUGAAAGAUCAUCAUCAUCAUCAAGAAAGAGCAAAAAGAACAAUAAUUUAGAGAAGCCAAAACAACCACAAAGAGGUCUUGGUGUUGCUCAACUUGAGAAAAUUAGAUUACAUACUCAAAUGGGUUGCAAUACUUACAACCCUUAUUCAUCAACUCCAUCAAUUUCAUCAUAUUCAUCAUCAACCUCUUCUUAUGCUUUUACACCACAACAAACCAUUAUGAUGGGAUUGGGGGACAUUGAAAGAGCAAAUAUUAGAUAUGGAGAUUCCCAGCUACCUUCUACACCUAGUGCUUGGCAUCCUGGCACAGUGUAUGAGCCUCAUCAAUUUGCUCAGCCAAACAUGAAUAGAUAUCUACUUAACCUACAAAUAGAGGAAUCAAUGGAGAAUCGAACCAGAAAUAACUCAAUUGGAUCAAGUACUAGUCAUAUCUCUGAAUCAAACGGCGACCAUGAAUUAGAUUUGGAGUUGAGGCUUUCAAUUUAAUUAAUAACAACAACUCUGUGUAUGGAUGAUCGUCAUGUUAUAAGCGUAUAGACUUUAUGUAGAUUUUAGAGUAACAUUUCGCUUCGUUUCUUAACAAAAAUUUAUGGAAAUUUGUUAACUCUCUUCUGGAAUAAUUGAAGGGAGUUCACUAUCAGAAACACAUGUUGCACUUGCUUGAUAGUAUUUCAUUAGGGUAUAUAUGGAUAAUAUAGCAA